AUGCCGCCCGGUGCGCCCGUCCAGUCGAAAUGUCCGCUCCGGACGAUCAAGGAGAUCCAGUUCGGCCUGCUCUCACCCGAGGAGAUCAAGGCCAUGAGCGUGUGCCAGAUCAUGUUCCCCGAGACCAUGGACGAGUCCAACACGAAGCCGCGUGAACACGGUCUCAAUGACCCCAGGCUCGGUACCAUUGACCGCAUGUACUCGUGCGCCACGUGCAAGGAAGACAUUCAGGUCUGCCCCGGUCACUUUGGUCACAUUGAGCUCGCCACGCCCGUUUUCCACGUUUUCAUGGUUCUGACAGCGCUAGGUUUUGUCGUGAAAAUCAAGAAAAUUCUUGAGACGGUCUGCCACAACUGCGGUCUGAUUACUGCCGACUACAACCACCCUGAUUGGGCGAAUGCAAUCAGGACAAAGGAUGCGAAGAAACGUUUCGACAAGAUCUGGCGUAUGUCGCGAACGAAGAAGAACUGUGAGCAGGACACCGGCGAGGAGGACCCAAAGAAGGCACCCAAAAUCCCCCACGGUGGCUGCGGCAACACGAAUCCCGACACAAUCCGCAAAGAAGGUGUCAAACUCACCGCGACGUACAAGCCCAAGAAGGGUGAAGACUCUGACGGCCAGGGCGACCGCAAAGAAGUCCUCACCCCGCAGCACGCCCUUAACGUCUUCAAGCUCCUGUCAGACAACACACUGGCUCUGCUUGGUCUCAACGCCGACUAUGCCCGCCCCGAGUGGAUGAUCAUGACGGUCCUUCCCGUGCCCCCGCCUCCAGUCCGACCUAGUAUCUCCGUCGACGGUACAGGUCAGGGCAUGCGCGGAGAGGAUGAUCUGACCUACAAGCUCGGUGACAUCAUUCGCGCCAACCAACGUGUGCAGGAGUGUAUUUCAGAGGGUGCGCCACAGCACAUUCUUAACGAGUUUGAGGCUCUGGUCCAGUACCACGUCGCCACCUACAUGGACAACGAUGCUAACGGCAUUCCGCCGUCAAAUCAGAAAUCUGGUCGUCCACUGAAGACGAUUCGUGGCCGAUUAAAGGGCAAGGAGGGUCGUCUCCGAGGUAACCUGAUGGGUAAGCGUGUCGACUUCUCCGCACGUACCGUCAUUACUGGUGACCCCAACUUGUCCCUGGACCAAGUCGGUGUACCCCGCUCCAUCGCACGUACGCUCACCUACCCGGAAGUCGUGACCAAGUUCAACAUCAGCAAAUUGACAUCACUUGUUCGCAACGGUCCCAACCAGCAUCCUGGAGCCAACUAUGUCAUCAAGUCGGACGGUGUGCGUCUCGAUCUCAAGCACAACAAGAACCUCGAUGAUCUGCGGCUGCAGUACGGAUGGAAGGUCGAGCGACACAUUGACGAUGACGAUGUAAUCAUCUUCAACCGUCAGCCUUCCCUGCACAAGGAGUCUAUGAUGGGUCAUCGUGUCAAGGUCAUGCCUUACUCCACUUUCCGUAUGAACUUGUCUGUCACAUCUCCAUACAACGCCGAUUUCGACGGUGACGAGAUGAACUUGCACGUACCUCAGAGCGAUGAGACCCGUGCCGAGAUUCAGAAUCUUUGCAUGGUUCCUAAGCAGAUUGUGUCUCCCCAGAAGAACCAGCCUUUGAUGGGUAUCGUUCAGGACACUCUGCUCGGUGUCUACAAGAUGAGUCGUAGAGACAACUUCUUGCCCAUCGAACAAGUCAUGUGCAUCAUGAUGUGGGUACCUGACUGGGACGGCAUUGUUCCCGAGCCUGCUAUCCUCAAGCCUCGCCCACUCUGGACUGGCAAGCAGAUCAUCAGCAUGGCGUUCCCGAAAGAAGUCAACAUCUGGAGGAGCGAUGGCGAUUCGAAGCCUUCGCCUUGGAAUGACUUCCAAGAUAAGAGCUUGUUAAUCAAGGGUGGCGAACUUCUUCUUGGUUCCGUCACGAAGAAGAUCGUGGGUGCCACAGCUGGUGGUGUAAUUCACAUCAUUUUCAACGAGCUGAGCUCUGGAGAAGCUGUCAAGUUCUUCAAUUCCUGCCAGCGCAUUGUGAACUGGUGGCUGCUGCAUCACGGUUUCAGUCUGGGUAUUGGUGACACGGUACCAGAUCCUGAAACUGCCGCAAAGAUUGCUUCAGAGGUUGCCAAAGCAAAGGCAAAGGUCGAAGAGAUCGUCUUGGAAGCCACGAGGGAUGAGCUUGAGCCCCUACCUGGUAUGACUAUUCGUGGAACUUUCGAAUCAAAGGUCCAGAAGUACCUAAACGAGGGUCGUGAGGGUGGUGGUACCGCGGCUCAGAACAGUUUGAAGGACUUCAACAAUGUCGUCCAGACAGUUAUCUCUGGAUCCAAGGGCUCCACGGUCAACAUUUCUCAAAUGGUGUCUCUUGUCGGACAACAGGCUGUGGAGGGUCAGCGUAUUCCUUUCGGAUUCAAGUACCGUACCCUGCCACAUUUCACCAAGGACGACUAUUCUCCAGAGUCUCGCGGCUUCGUUGAGAACUCUUACUUGCGUGGUUUGACGCCUGCCGAGUUCUUCUUUCACGCCAUGGCUGGUCGUGAAGGUCUCAUUGAUACCGCUGUCAAGACUGCUGAAACCGGUUACAUUCAGCGUCGUCUAGUGAAGGCUCUUGAAGACGUCAUGGUAAAAUAUGACGGCACUGUCCGAAACUCGUUAGGUGACAUUAUCGAAUUCAUCUACGGUGAAGAUGGUCUCGAUGGUGGCUUCAUCGAGAACCAGAAGAUCGACAUGAUCACUUUGUCGGAAGCCAAGUUCGAGAAGGUCUUCAAAGUCGAUGUCCUGGGCACGGAUGCUCCACAGAUCCCGACAAGCAAGCUCGCCGGCGCUAACGAAUUCCAAGGUGACGUUGAUAUCCAACGUCACCUCGAUGAGGAGUUCGAUCAGAUCAAGAUCGACCGCGAGUAUUUGCGAACAGUGAUUGGCCAAGACGACAGUCAACAGUUCCAGCUGCCUCUCAACAUCGCGCGCAUGAUCGAGUCUGCACAAAUGCGCUUUGGAAUCAAAAAGGGCCAAAAUGUCAGCGACCUACAUCCUACGGAGGUUGUCUGUCAGGUCCGUGACUUGCUCGACAGCCUGGUGGUCAUCCGUGGAAACGACCCGCUCUCCGUUGAGGCGCAAGCCAGUGCUACUUACCUCUUUAAGUGCCAUCUCCGUUCUCGUCUAGCUUUCAAGCGCGUCGUUGUCGAGGAGUCUCUGUCGAAGAAGGCGCUCGAUUACAUCCUAGGAGAAUUGCAGGAUCGUUUCUUGAAGGCUGCCGUGGCCCCGGGCGAGAUGGUAGGUGUCCUUGCUGCUCAGUCCAUUGGUGAGCCUGCUACUCAGAUGACACUAAACACCUUCCAUUUUGCUGGUGUGUCGUCCAAGAACGUCACCCUCGGUGUACCACGUCUUAAGGAAAUUCUCAACAUCGCGGCAAACAUCAAGACCCCGUCUAUGCUUGUCCGUCAAACAGACAAGAACGCUGGACAGCAGGAGGCAAAGGUUUUGCGUAGUCGUAUUGAGCUGACCACGCUUCGUUCAUUGACCCAAUCAGUUGAACUCUACUACGACCCCGAAAUUCAAGCUACUCUUGUGGAGUCUGACCAGGACAUGGUGGAGUCUUACUUUAUUGUUCCUGAAGAGAAUGAGGUCAUCGAAUCACAGUCCAAGUGGGUCCUUCGUGUUAUUCUCGACCGCAAGAAGCUAUUGGACAAGAACAUUGGUAUCAGCGAAGUAGCUGGCACGAUCAAGCGAGAGUUCUCGCCCAAUCUAGCUGUCAUCUUCAGUGACGAGAACGCAGACGAGCAAGUCAUGCGUGUACGCUUCAUUUGGGACGGCAACCUCAAGCAAGACGAUGAGGAUGAGGACGAGCGAGACGAGCGAUGGAUGCGGAAGCUCGAGACACAUCUUCUCGACGGUGUUGUUCUGCGAGGUCUCAAAGGUGUCGAGCGUGCCUUCAUCCGUGAAGACAAUGUCGUUGUCAUGAACGAAGAUAGGUCGCUAGUCCUGUCCAAGAGCGACCCUCGCUGCAAGGAAUGGGUUCUUGACACAACGGGUACAUCCUUGGCUGAGGUACUCGCCGUGGAGGGAGUGGAUGGUACCAAGACGUACUCCAAUUCCUUCAUUGAGAUUCUCGGUGUUCUGGGUAUCGAGGCUGCUCGAGCUGGUCUCCUUCACGAGCUGGGCAUGGUUCUGUCUUUCGACGGUUCUUACGUCAACCACCGACACAUGGCUUUGCUUGUCGACAUCAUGACACAGCGUGGUAUGCUCAUGGCCAUCACACGUCACGGUAUCAACCGAAACGAUACCGGUGCGCUCAUGCGCUGUUCGUUCGAAGAGACUGUCGAGAUUCUGCUUGAGGCUGCAGGCUUUGGUGAGCUUGACGAUUGCCGUGGUGUGUCCGAGAACAUCAUGCUUGGUCAGCUCGCACCAAUGGGUACCGGUGAAUUCGACGUUGUCAUGGAUAGCUCCAUGCUUCUCACUAUGGUGGAGGACAACUCCAAGGGCAUGGGUGCUGCUGGUGCCGGCAACUACCUUGACCAAGGUGCGGCAACUCCAUACGAUCUUGGCUCGCCGACCUACCAGGAUGGCAUUGGCAUGGGUGGCUUCGAUGCCGCUUUCUCGCCUAUUGCACAUGCCGGCGGAAACGAUGAAGGUGGCUUCACCCAGUUACGCACCGAUGUCGCCUGGCUUUUCUGGUCCCAGCCCAAUGUCCCCAGGCUUCUCUCCAACUUCGCCGGGGUACUCUCCAACUUCUCCAGGCAUCAGCAGCCCACGCUUUGGCGCUACUUCUCCGACAUACGGUGCGACCAGCCCACAGUACUCGCCGACAUCACCUGGUCUAUCGCCAACGUCGCCAAGUUACAAUUCACCGACGUCUCCGAGUUACUCGCCUACGUCACCGCGUUACUCACCGACUUCGCCGUCGUUCUCUCCAACCUCGCCCACAUACAGCCCUACCUCACCAGCACAUAUGGGAGCUACUUCGCCGUACUACAGUCCAACCUCGCCACGUUUCAGUCCUACGUCACCCCACGAGAGGCGCUCCCCAGCGUCACCGACAUCUCCAACCUUCAGUCCCACGAGCCCGACGUACUCGCCAACCAGCCCUGCUGGCAACCCUCAAUACUCUCCUACGUCGCCGCGCUAUUCUCCCACCUCUCCGGGCUCAGCACCAUACUCUACAGAGCAGAGAUGGUCGCCAACUAG